ACUGUCUCAUCUUCAAGUAUUUUCAGUCCCUCUCUUUCUUGAAGAAAAUGGCAUCCUUUAUUUCUGUGGCUUCUAUUGCGGUUUUCUUGGUAUUUCUUCCCAUGGCUGCUCUUGGAGAUGAUAUUUUAUCACCUGCUCUUUCUCCGUUCUAUGACAAGGUAUGUGAUGAAGUGGAAUGUGGGAAAGGAACAUGCAAAGCAAACAUAAAGUAUCCAUUGAAUUACAUCUGUGAAUGCGAGCCUGGUUGGAAGAGAACAAAAGAUAAUGAUGUUAAUGAUGAUCUCAAGUUUCUUCCAUGCGUUAUUCCCAACUGUACUCUAAAUUACUCUUGCCAGCCAGCUCCACCUCCAGUUCCUGAGAAAGAAGUUCCACAUAAUACAUCUGCCUUUGACCCUUGCUAUUGGAUGUACUGUGGAGAAGGGACAUGCAAGCAGACAACAGCAUACAAACAUGAAUGCGAAUGCAAACCUGGAUACUCAAAUCUUCUGAACAAAACUUUCUUCCCAUGUUACAGUGAUUGUACUCUUGGGUCGGAUUGUGCUAGUCUUGGGAUUACGGUAGCAAAUACACAAACAAGCACAGGUUUAGAUGCUGGAAAAGCUGCAACAUUCCUGCCAGAUAAGUUUCAGUGGAUUGCUGUACUGAUCAUGUCCAUUGCUAUGGCUAUGUGGAAAUAGGAAGCGACCACUCAGGUUCUCAGCCUUCACGGAUUUACUAGUGUGUUAUGUUCAGGAUGUUUGUGUUUAGAUUCCAAUUCGUUGUUGAUUCUUAGACAUGAUAUCAGUUAUACAUAAAGGAAUAAAGUUACAGAUGUAGGUGUAGGAUGAUUUUUGUUGAGAGAUCUUUAUUAUGUAUGAUUAUUUUCAGUACAUAGGUUUUCGUUAUUUGG